AUGUCCGAAAUCAACCCUGCCUUCGUGCUCCACUCCAUCAAGAACGUCUCGUUCGAGAAUCGCGAGAUUCCCAAGCUCAGAGAUGAGUACGAUGUCCGCGUUCACAUUGAGCAGACGGGCAUUUGCGGCAGCGAUGUCCACUACUGGCAGCGCGGCCGCAUCGGUGACUUCAUCCUCGAGUCGCCCAUCGUUCUCGGCCAUGAGAGUGCCGGAACCGUUGUUGAAGUCGGAAGCAAGGUGAAGAAUGUCAAGUUCGGCGACCGGGUUGCUAUUGAGCCCGGUGUCCCAUGCAGGCAAGCCGGCGCAUACAAUCUCUGUGCAGACACCGUCUUCGCGGCGACACCUCCAUGGGAUGGUACCCUGCAGAAGUACUACAUCGUUGCCGGCGACUACACCUAUCCUAUCCCGGAGCACAUGACUUCCGAGGACGGCGCGCUGGUGGAGCCGGUUGCUGUUGCGGUGCAGAUUUGCAAGGUUGCUGAGCUGAAGGGCGGCCAAACAGUGCUUGUCUUCGGCUGCGGACCCAUCGGUGUUCUUUGCCAGGCCGUGGCCAAGGCCUACGGUGCGAGCAAGGUCAUUGGAGUGGACAUCUCUGAGUCUCGCGCGGCGUUUGCCAAGGACUUUGCAGCUGAUGAUGUCUAUGUGUCGAAGAAGCUCCCCGAUGCUCCUGAGGAUCCUGUUGAUGCUUCUCGCGCCAUUGGUGAGAAGAUUCUCAGGGACUACGGUCUCGGAGAGGGUGCUGAUGUGGUCUUGGAGUGCACGGGUGCUGAGCCGUGCAUUCAGGCUGGUGUCUUUGCUACCAAGAAGGGUGGGACUUAUGUGCAAGCCGGGAUGGGCAAGGAGAAUGUCGUGUUCCCCAUCACCACUGCUUGUAUUCGUGCAUUGAACAUCAAGGGCUCGAUCAGGUACACGAAGGGAUGCUACCCUGAGGCUGUGAACUUGGUAGCGUCAGGAAAGGUCCACCCAAGGAAGUUGAUCACUCAUCGUUACAAGUUCGAGGAGGCCGUCGAGGCCUUUGAGGUUGUAAGGCAGGCGAAGGAGGACACUUUGAAGGUCGUCAUCCAAGGUGUACCAAAAUAG